AUGAAUUGGAAUCAUUUUCGAGAUAUUCUUAUCGAUGAAUUAUCUGUCGAAGGUCUCGAUGGUUGUACAUUCAAUCAUUUAUAUUCUAUUAUUAAACCUUUAGUUCUUUCUAUUAAUAAUCAAUUAUCUACGGAUAUCUAUCUUCGUUCAUAUAUAUGGAAAAUUCUUUUAUCAUGUUCAUGUAUUGAAUUAUAUGAAUUACCAGAAAAACUUCAUACAAUAUCAUCAUCAAAUGAUCUUGCAAUUGAAAAUCUUGAAUUAAAUCAUCGUGGUUAUUCAUCAACAUAUUAUCAACGAAAAUUAAUAUCAAAUAAAUCUGAUUAUUUAAUUCUUGAUAAUAUUGAAAAUAUUGAUCGUAUACAUCUUGUUGUUGAACAAAAUGUUCGUGAAUUUCGUAUUAUACAAGGUCGAUAUGAUACAAAACAAUUAUUUAGUAAAUAUGAAUAUGCAUUACUUGAAUGUAUAUGUAAAACACGUUCAAAAGGUAUACCAACAUCUGGUAAUGAUGGUUUAUCAAAAAUAUUUAAUAUUAAUAGUAAAUCAUUAUUUUAUUAUCUUAAACAAUUAAUAUCAUUAGAUAUAAUAAAAAAAUUAAAUUUAACACGACAAUUAAUUGGUACACUUAAACAACCUAUAUUAAUUAUGACACGUUAUAUAACAACAAAUGAUUAUUUAAAUUCAAAAUAUACAAUAAUUGAUCGUUUAAAAACAUAUUUAGAACAAUGUAAAAAUCAAUCAUGUGAAAGAAAUUAUUUAAAAACAUAUUUAUCAUUAGGUGAAAAAUCAUUUCGUUCAUUAAUGAGAAAAUGUAAACGUUUAAAUUUAAUUGAAAAAUAUAAUAAAACAAUGAAUGAAUAUGAUUUAAAAAAAUUUUUAAAUAAUGAAGAUGAUUCAUCAACAUUAAUCUGUUUAAAUAAUCGUAUACGUUUACGUUCAUAUACAUUUUUUCGUUUAAAAUCAAAUAAUAUAAAUAAAGAUGAUGAUGAAGAAAUUGCAUCAUCAAGUGAUGAUAAUGAACAAUCUGAUGAAGGUGAUGAUGAUGAUGUAGAAGAAGAUGUUAUUAUUGAUGAUAAUAGUGGUGGUGGUGGUGGUGUUGGUGAUGAUGAUGAUUCAAAUAUGUUACCUUUAUCAGAAGCAUCAAGUCAAUUAGAUCAAAAAAAUCUUCGAUUAUUUAUUGAUCGACCAUAUCAUUUUCAAUAUUAUCAAUUAUUAGAACAAGUUAAAGAUAUUGGUUUAUCACAAAGAGAUUUAGCAAAUAUAUGUCAUUUAUCAUUUUAUUCAGCAAGAUCAGAAAUUAAAUCUUUAACAAAAAAUAUGAAACAUAUUUCAUUAAAAAGUGUUCAACUUAAUCAAAAAGGAAAAAUUAUGGAAAAUAGAAUUGUAUUGAAAAAAUAUAUGCCAACAACAAAAACAUCAUCAUCAAUGAAUAAUAAUGUUCGACAACAGAUUAUUUCUAAAACACCACGUAUUAAACGAAAGAAAUCGAAUAAUAAGCAAAAAGAAGUUAUCGAAACAACAAUAGUUGAUAGUCCAACAUCGUUGACAGGUCCUUCAUCAAAUUCAACAUCUUUUAUUAAAUGUGAACCAAUCGAUGCUGAACAUCUUGACAAUGAACCAUUACUAUCACGUCUUGUUUCAUCAGAAAUUUUAUGGCGUCCAUCAAUUAAAUCUGUAACAAAUGAACUUCCAAAAAAGAAAUCAAAAACACGAGUUAAUCCAGUUAAACGUAUAAAUAUUAAACGUGAACAUCGUCUUGAUUUAAUACGUUCAUAUAUGCAAGAACAUCCAAUAUGUACAUUAACUGAUUUACGUGCUGCUAUUAUGUCAAGUGAACGUGAUGAAGGUUUAACAAUACAUAUGGAUCGUAAAACAUUAGAUAAAUUAGUUGAUGAACUUGAAAAAGUUCAUAAAUUUUUAUUUCGUUUUACAGCACGUAUAAAACAAUCACGAACAAUUGUUUGUUUAGCUAUGAAUACAAAUGAUAUAACACCUAAUUCUGAACGUAUACAACAAUUUAAAAUUGAAUUAUCACAAGAUACAAUUGAAGUACCAUCAACAACAACAACAACAAAUAAAUCUAAACAAAUAUCACGUAAAAAUUUAUUAAAUACAACAAUUGAUCAACAAGAUCAAAUAAUAGAAGAUGAUAAACAAUAUGAUGAUGAUUCUAAAAUAACAAUUGAUCAUUUAUUUAAUAAUGGUUUAGAAGAAGAAAAAAUAGCUUUAUUAAAAAAGAAACCAUUAGAAAAUAUAACUGGUUUUGGAAAUUGUUAUGGUUAUGUUUAUAAAUUUCAACGUUGUGCUAUUUUACAUAAAUUUCUUUUUUAUUUACUCUAUGGUUAUGAAGGCAAAAUUGAUAAUGAAAUAAUUGAGUCGACUAUCGAUAUGGAUCCACCACUUGUAUCAAAUGAUCCUGAAGUUCAAUUAGUACUUGAUUCUAUUCCUACGACUCGUCGUUAUAUUGGAUCUAAUCAAGGUGCUAAUUGGAAAACAUUUGUACCACCAUUAGAUAUUCGUGGUCGUUCAAUUCCUUCGGGUUGUCUUUAUUUAGAUGAUUUUCUUAUGUGUAUGCCUGUAUCAAUAUUUCUUGCUAUUGUUUAUGUACCAUAUAAAGUUCCUGGUCUUAUGGAAUUACUUUCACAUCCAACAAAACGUUAUGUACUUGUACGAGAUCUUCCAGCUGAAAUGCGUUAUCCACUUGUUGUUCGUCGUCAUUAUUUAUAUCGUAUAACAGAAGUAUUAAAAUAUUUAUCAACACUUGGUUUAAUAACAUUUGUUGAUCGACCAAUAAUAAGUCGUUUAGAAAAAUUAAAUACAUUAAUUUAUGUACAUCCAAAAGCUUAUCUUAUUAAUACAAUAAAUCAAACAAAUAAUUCAAAUGAACCUAUUGAAAAUAUAUCAAAUUAUCCUAAACAAAUAUAUAAUUUUUUAUCAUUAACAAAUGUUAAUCGUUAUUGGUUUGAUUUAAUUGAAAUAGCAUUAAAUACAUAUCGUAUAAAAAUUUUUUCACGUAAACAAAAUCGUUUACAUAUUGUUGAUAUACUUAAACAAGCUAUUAAACCAAUAUCUAUUGAAAAUAUAAAUGAAAUUAAAAUUCCACUUGGUAAAUCAAAUGGUCCAGCUGGUUUUGAUUAUGAUUUAUAUUUAUUUUUACGUAAAUCAUGGAAACUUCCAUAUAAUAAUAAACGUAUAUUAAAAUUACUUAAUCGUGAAGCAAAUCAUUGUUGUAUACCUGUUUGUGAAUUACGUGUUCCAAUUGAUGUUGCACUUAAACGUUCAUAUACAAGACAUUUAGCACAAAAACGUAAAAAUAAUAUUCGUAAACGUGGUGCAAAUUUUUUAUCAUCAAAUUUUGAUAAUACAACUCUAAAUUCAACAUCAUCAAUAGCAACAUCAUUAUCGAUGUUUCAUAAAACAAAACGUAAUUUUAAUUUAUUAAUUAAAUCAUUACAUAAUAUUGAAAAUUAUGGUCAUUUAUCAAGAUAUAUUGUACCAUAUGAAUUAUUAAAUCAAAUACAAUUUACUGAACGACGUAAAAAAUUACUUUUACAAUAUAUUAAAGAUAAAAAUAAAAUUAUUUUAAAUCGUUAUAAUGAUAUUUUACGUGAUACAACAAUACAAAACAAUCUUAAUAAUCGAAAAAAUAAAAAAAAACAAAAAUUAAAUGAUGAACAAGAAUCUGAUGAUGAAGAACAAAUCAAUUCAACAGCUCUUCGUGUACGUUGGUCACCAAUUGAAGAACGUGUUAUAUCAUUAAUAAAUGCUUCACUUGCAUUUUAUUUACCUCGUAAACAACCUAAUACUCCUGAUAUAUUACAAGAUUCUAAUCCAGUUGGAAGUCGUCGUCCAGCUGCAUUUCUUCCAUUUAAUAAAGAAUUAUUUCGUGCAUGUCUUGUUCGUAUUCUUCCUCGUUCAGCACGUACAAAAACUCCACAAAAUGUUGUACGUAAAAUAAAAAAUGAUAUGGCACAACAAACACGUUUAAAUCAAUUAGAACAUUUAUCUGUUCUUUGUUCAACUGAUACAUAUUUAUUAACAUUUCGUAAUGAAUCUAAACGUUAUCUUAAACAACGAUAUCGUUCAAAUGAACAUUUUUUUCUUUUACUUUUCGAAAGAAUAUAUUAUAAAUUUCAAAAUUUUAUUCGAACUGGAUAUUUACAUUGUAUACCACAAGGUACAAUCGAAUAUUUACCUAAUACCAAAGAUGAACUUUUAAAACAAUAUAAAAUUAUUGGAAAAUCAUCAUCAGAAUUUCAAUUAUUAAAUCAACCUGAGUAAGUUUGACGUUGAGAUUUUGAAGCUACACGGUUCGUAGCGAUGAAGGAAGGAGUAGAAUGUGGAUAAAGAGUAUACAACACUCGCAUCCUGUCCAAAACAUUCGAAAAUCAAAUACAUACAUAUUUAUGUCGAAGCGGCUCAGCCGCUCAGUUUACACCUCUAUUGACGAGAGUAACUUGAAAAUUGCUUUUGAAUUCGGACUUUGCGCAAAAGACAAAUCUCAAUAAGGUAUCAAGACUAGUGCCCGGCGUGACCAACUUUUUUGGUCACGGUCACGGGCUGGGCUCACUGUGACCGUGACCGUGAGUCACGGCCCUUCUUUCUGGCUUCUCAACAUGAAAAAAACCUUUCUAGAAAGAUCAAUUGCAAAGUUUCCCUAGGGAAAAUCCUUGAUGUUUCUGUACCAGGUCCUUUAUGGAUUCAGUCAGGAUCUUUCCAGAAUUCGCUCUUUUUUUCUGAGGAAACGACGAAAUCCUGAAAGAAGUAUGUAGCCUCGGAAUUUCAAGAUCCCAGCAGGAUUCGAAAAAGGAUUAUAUCAGGACCCUGACCAGGUUACCAUUGUUGUUUAA